UGCUAUAGAUCUAACCAUUAACCACGGCUCAGUUCCCAGAACAAGGUUACACAAACACACAACUAUCAGUGCAACCUGCCAUCAGGAUAUGGGCAACCGCAAGAAGGGGUUAAGGUCCCGCUUGGGCCAUAGGCGGAGAACGCUGUCAAUCAAGCGCAGGUCCUGCCUUGAAUAGCGGGAUGGGCGGGCCUAGAGGUUUCCCCAGCAACCUGAGUCUGGGUUGCGCUGCAGCGGAGCUUUGGCAGGAGUAUGUCAGUAGCAGCAGCUCUAGGAGGAGGGAGGGGGAGUGAGCCCGGCACCUCUCCCACUCAGGCAUAUUGGGAGAUCAGGACAGUGCUGUGCUGCUCACACAUGCGUCUCCUUUGAUUGCACUGCGCCCGGCCGCUGCAGGGGGACAAGAGCCCAGGCUGGGACACAAAAAGGGCAAUGAUCCCUGUAUAAUCCAAACUGAGGCCUAGUUGCUGAGGAACGCGCAACAAUUCAACAUGACGGCUACCACUGAUGAGCUAGUGUUAAUGGAGGACGAUGCUUCGCUGAACCCGCUGUGUUUCGAGUGUGGUCAGCAGCACUGGACAAGAGAGAACCACCUGUACAACUACCAGAAUGAAGUGGACGAUGACCUGGUUUGCCACAUUUGCCUUCAGCCUCUACUGCAGCCGCUAGAUACCCCUUGCGGCCACACCUUCUGCUUCAAGUGCCUCAGAAAUUUCUUACAAGAGAAGGACUUUUGCCCACUGGACCGAAAAAGACUGCACUUUAAGCUGUGCAAGAAAUCCAGUAUCCUCGUCCAUAAACUGCUGGAUAAACUUGUGGUUUCGUGUCCGUACUCUGCCUCUUGCAAAGAGACCAUGCAACGGUGUGACAUGGAAGCUCAUCUUAAAAACAGGUGUCCGGGGGCCUCUCACCGAAGGGAACUACUGAACCAGCACAGGGCCGGCAAACUCCAGAUCGAAAUUGAAAGUGAGAAUGGAUCGGUACUGAUGGAUCGUUCGGGAUCGCCGGAAUCAGACAAAACUAGGAGUGGAUCGGCGCUACCAGAGAGGAAUGUGACACCAUCUGUAAUGCCUGGAUGGAUGGAGGAACAAGGGUUUGAUAACCCAGCCUUUGAUGAGGGCACAGUAGCUGAUGCUACACAUCCGCCUCCCAGCUUGCCCGAAGGCGAAAUCACCACCAUUGAAAUCCAUCGCUCCAAUCCUUACAUUGAGCUUGGAAUUAGCAUAGUGGGUGGGAACGAGACUCCUCUGAUAAACAUUGUGAUCCAGGAGAUCUAUCGGGACGGCGUGAUUGCCAAGGACGGGAGGCUUCUUGCCGGCGACCAGAUACUUCAAGUGAAUAAUUUUGAUAUCAGCAAUGUGUCACAUAACUAUGCCCGAUGGGUCCUGUCUCAGCCGUGCAGCGUGCUGCAUCUCACUGUGCUGCGGGAGAGACGCUUCGGAAGCCGAGCGCAUGGGCACGGGGACGGCAGCUCUCAGAGAGAUGAGAGUUUUCAUAUCACCCUCAACAAACGCGGCUCCAAUGAACAGCUGGGCAUUAAGCUUGUGCGCAGGACAGAUGAAUCGGGAGUUUUUAUUCUGGAUCUGUUAGAAGGGGGGCUGGCGGCGCAGGACGGGAGGCUGCAUAGCAACGAUAGAGUUCUUGCCAUAAACGGACUUGACUUAAAGCAUGGAACUCCAGAACUGGCUGCUCAGAUUAUCCAGGGCAGUGGGGAACGUGUUAAUUUAACUGUAUCUCGACCUGUAAAGCAGCAACCUGGGAAUAUAACAAGAGAUGUGGGGAACAGUCAGCCCCACCAUCACACGCAGCCAGUGUAUCACCACAGGCCAAGUGCACAUAAGGAUCUAUCCCAGUGCGUUAAAUGCCAAGAAAAACAUAUUACAGUGAAGAAAGAGCCCCAGGAAUCUCUGGGCAUGACGGUGGCAGGGGGAAGGGGCAGCAAAAGUGGAGAGCUGCCAAUCUUUGUGACGAGCGUCCAACCUCACGGCUGUCUUGCAAGGGACAGCAGAAUCAGGAGAGGGGAUGUGCUGCUGAGUAUCAAUGGCAUUGAUCUGACCAAUCUCAGUCACAGUGAAGCAGUGGCCAUGCUGAAAGCCAGCGCCACCUCCUCGGUGGUCUCUCUGAAAGCAAUCGAAGUGGAGGUAGUGGAGGAGCAGACCCAAGGCAAAGAGGAAAUGAGCACAGUUAGUGAAAAUGAAUACGAUGCCAGUUGGUCUCCAUCAUGGGUCAUGUGGCUGGGCCUUCCCAGUUAUUUUCAUAGCUGCCAUGAUGUUGUUCUGCGGAGGAGCAAUCUGGGGAGCUGGGGUUUCAGUAUUGUCGGGGGAUAUGAGGAGAAUCACACAAACCAGCCUUUCUUCAUCAAGACGAUUGUGCUCGGGACUCCUGCUUAUUAUGAUGGUCGGCUCAAGUGCGGGGAUAUGAUUGUCGCCGUAAAUGGGCUCUCGACUGUGGGAAUGAGCCACUCCGCCCUGGUGCCGAUGCUCAAGGAGCAACGGAGCAAAGUGACUCUCAGCGUUAUCUCUUGGCCUGGAAGUCUUGUUUGAACCUUCAGAUUUAAUGAGCCACGUCUCAUGCUUCUGUGAUAGCUGGUUAAAAUCUGGGCCAAAUCUCUGCCACAAUCAUUUGAAUGAUUACUUUUGCAAGAACCAUGUUUGUCCUUCAUAGACUGGCUUAUACCGAGCUGGUAAAACUUGUUUUUCUCACGAAUCAGCUGCGGGAAACGUCUCAUUCAGGAGGGCCCUCUGCAAUGUCUCAAGCCCGGGAAGUUAUUCCUCAUCCUAGUAACGACUUCAGCCUGUUAACUUUGGGCGUAUUCACCUCAACUUUGGACACAGUCACCUUUUUCUUUCUCUUUUCAACCCUGGGUCUAGUCAAUAGUUUCUCUUGCAGUUUGUUAACUUUGAGCACAGUCACCAUUUCCUUGCUUUAACUGUAGGCCUAAUCGCUAUUUUAUUGUUAAUUCUGGUCAUAGUAGCCGUCAUUGCUUGCUCUUUGUUAACUUUAGGUCUGGUCAACAUUUCAUUGCUUUGUUAACUUUGGGCAUAGUCACCAUCUCUUUGAUUUAAAUUUAGGCCUAAUCGUCAAUUUAUUGCUCUUUGUUAACCUUGUACCUACUGGAAUCUUUCCUUGCUCUUUGUGAACUUUGGGUCUAGUCAACAUUUCAUUGCUUUUUGCAUAGUCACCUUUUUCUUGUUCUUUUGCCAACUUUGGGCCUAGUUACACAUGUAGCUUGCUCUUUGUUAAGUUUAGCCCUAGCUAUCCCUUUUAUUAGAUACCUUAGGGCUAAUCAUAAUUUUUACAUGCACUUUCUUAACAUUUCCAUGUCUUGUUGACAUUUAUCCUAUUCGUCUUUUUUGUCUGCUGUUUGUUAACUGCAGGUCCAGUCACCACUUUGCUUGCUCUAAAUUUGGGCACAGUCUUGCUGGCUUUUGGUCACCCUUUAACUUUCUCUUUUUAACUCUAGCUCAGCUAAUGUCAACUAGUUGCCAUUUGGCUUGCUAUUUAAAGGGGAACUCCACACAAACAUAACUUGAGCUUUUUGAAAAGUAAACAUAAUUUCAAGCAACUUUGCAAUAUAC